AUGGUAAGUGAUGCCACUCAGCACCGCUCAUGGGUCCGGGUCAAAACAGAUUUUCGCUUUCAGACCCCUUCAGAAACACAUAGAGGUACAACUUCAGUAUGUUACAAUAUACUUCCUCUGCUGACCACCAGUAAUGGUGCGCCAGUAGAUGACAAGAUAUCUUCCCUAUCUGUGGGUCCUGUGGGACCUCUGGUUCUCCAGGACUUUGUCCUCCUGGAUGAACUUGCACAUUUCACCAGGGAGAGGAUCCCGGAGAGAGUCACUCAUGCCAAGGGAGCAGGAGCUUACGGUCACUUCAUUGUUACCAAUGCCUCUUUCUCUAAUUUCUCUGUGGCUUCUUUGUUCCAAGGAGUGGGUAAAAAGACUCAUGUGUUUGUCAGAUUUUCUACUUUCGUACAGGAAUCUGGCUCUUGCGAUACAGUCAGAGACCUCAGAGGUGUUGCUAUCAAGUUUUACACGGAUGACGGCAACUGGGAUCUCGUAGGCAGCAACUCGCCUGUCUUCUUCAUUCGAGAUCCAAUUCUUUUUCCUAGUUUUGUACACUCACAAAAGCGGCACCCAGCAACCCAUCUGCAUGAUUUCAACAUGUUCUGGGAUUUUGUCGCCAACCGUCCGGAGACGCUGCAUCAGAUGAUGUAUCUGUUCUCUGACCGAGGCACUCCGGACGGCUACCGUCAUAUGAACCUGCACGGCUCUCACACGUUUAAAGUGGUCAAGAGGGACGGCCAACCAUUCUACACGAAAUUCCACUUUAGGACCGACGGAGGAGUGAGGAAUUUGGAUGCUGAAGUUGCGCUGGCGUUGUGUGCAAGAGAUCCAGACUAUUCAAUAAGAGAUCUUUACUACGCCAUUGCCAACAAACACUUUCCCUCCUGGACUAUGUAUUACCAGCUUAUGACGUUCGAACAAGCCAUUGAAUUUGAAUGGAACCCAUUUGACGUGACUAAGAUAUGGCCUGAGACGGAUUACCCAUUCUAUGAGAUUGGAAAGCUUCUGCUUGAUAUCAACCCUACAAACUACUUUGCUGAGGUAGAACAAUCUGCGUUCAGCCCUUCACACUUGGUUCCUGGCAUUGAGCCGAGCCCGGACAAAAUGCUCCAGGGUCGUUUAUUUGCCUACCCUGACGCACAAAGAUAUCGCCUCGGUGUCAACUAUCAGCAACUUCGGGUCAAUGCCCCGUACCUAGUCAAGGUCGCCAACACGCAAAGAGAUGGCAGGAUGUGCCACCACCACCCAGGAGCUGCCCCAAACUACUACCCUAAUAGUUUCCAAAACCACCUUAAAGUUUGUCCUCAAGCUAAGAACACCAGGUGGACCAUCUACGGGGAUGUUGCUAGAUACAAUGCUGAUGACCAUGACAACUAUGGACAAGUGACAUUGUUUUGGAAUAACUUUCUCAAUGAGGAACAGCGAGUACGUUUGGUAGAGAAUAUGUCAAUUCAUCUAAGAAAUGCCAAUAAAGUUAUCCAGCACAACGAAUCUCAACUGCCAUCCAUCUACAUUCUCAUACAUCUAGUUGAUGAGAAACAUUAA